UAGCUUUUGAAUUCUUUAUGCAAUUUCUUGAUAACGUCCAGCAUUGCAGAUCAGAUACUCUGAAGACUUAGACUGAGACUCUGACGCCAACAUGUUGUUGUUCCUCUGCUUGUUUGUUCUCACUCUGGGUGCUGUGUCUCCAUCAGAUGUCCAUCCAGUGAAGCUGCAGCGCGGCAACUGUCCCAUGUUCUGGUGGAGCUUCAAUGGCCGCUGCUACAAGUACGUCGCCUCACGUUUGACCUGGGCUGAUGCAGAACUCUACUGUGUGUCAGAGGGAGCCAACCUGGUGGCUAUCCACAGUGUGGAAGAACAUAACUUUGUCAAUUCCCUGAUCAAUAACUUUGACCCUGCCCGAGGAUUUACCUGGAUUGGAAUCAGCGACACUCAGAAAGAAGGAGGAUGGAUGUGGUCUGAUGGGUCUGCAGUUGACUUUGUCCUUUGGGAUGCAGGACAGCCAGACAACGCUGGAGGACAUGAAAACUGUGGACACACAAACUAUGGCCCAAAAUUUAAAUGGAAUGAUUAUCCGUGUUCUAAGCUAUUUACUUUUGUUUGUGAAACUCGCUUAGUUUGUCCUUAG